AUGGGCUCCUACAAUCCAUUCCCGGCCUCUCCGCCAAUCUCACCUCCCAAUGGCUUCAAUGGUGCUGACGGCUACUCGACUCCUCUGUUCCCUGCAAAACCAAACAUCCUCUUUAUCAUGGCUGACCAACUGGCCGCUCCUCUGUUGAAGAUGCAUAACCCUAAGUCUCAGAUCAAGACACCGAAUCUUGACACACUGGCUGAACGGUCCGUCGUCUUCGACUCGGCCUACUGCAAUUCACCCCUCUGCGCCCCUUCUCGCAUGUGCCUGAUCAGCGGCCAACUCCCCUCCAAGAUCGGCUCCUACGACAAUGCCUGCUCCAUCCCUUCCGAGACACCCACGUACGCCCAUUACCUGCGAGCAGCAGGCUAUGAGACUACUUUGGCGGGCAAGAUGCACUUUAUUGGAGACCAGUUGCACGGGUAUGAAAACCGAUUGACUGCGGACAUAUAUCCCGGCGACUAUGGCUGGGCGGUAAACUGGGAUGACCCUGACCGCAGACUGGAAUGGUACCACAACAGUAGCUCUAUCCUGCAGGCAGGGCCUUGUGUGCGUACCAAUCAGCUCGAUUAUGAUGAGGAGGUGCUGUACAAGUCCAAGCAGUAUUUGUAUGAUUAUGCACGUCAGGCGCCUGGAAAGCGGCCAUUUGCCCUGACCGUAUCUUUCACCCACCCUCAUGACCCUUAUGCAAUUGAGGAGAAGUAUUGGGAUCUGUACGAGGGCGUCGAUAUCGACCUCCCCAACGUCAACAUCAAACCAGAAGAGCAGGAUCCUCACAGCAAGCGUCUCAGGCGCGUCUGCGAAUUGGAAGGCCACAACUUCACCGACGAGCAAAUCAAGCGGGCUCGGCGUGCAUACUACGGCGCGGUGAGCUACGUGGACGACUGCAUUGGUCAAUUGCUUGACGUGAUCAAGAAGUGCGGAUUGGAUGAUGACACAAUCGUCAUGUUCUCCGGUGACCAUGGAGACAUGUUGGGCGAGCGAGGGCUGUGGUACAAGAUGUCGUAUUUCGAGAAUUCGGUUCGAGUGCCUAUGCUCAUCAGCCACCCGAGCCAAUUCACUCCUCACCGCGUACCCCAGAAUGUGUCGACCCUGGAUCUGAUGCCCACCCUCGUGGAUCUCAUCGGAUCCCAGCUCGUGCCGGGAUUGCCGAUGGACGGCCAAUCGUUGUUGCCUCAUUUGUACGGGGGCAGUGGUGGCCACGACACCGUCUUCGCCGAGUACAUGGGUGAAGGGACCGUGGCACCGUUGAUGAUGAUCCGAAGAGGCGACUGGAAAUACAUCACAUGUCCGAUCGAUCCACCCCAGCUGUUCAACUUACGUACAGACCCACUGGAAGAGGUCAACCUGGCGACCAGUGAAGAUGCUGCAACUCAAGCUGUUUUCAAGGCGUUCGAAGAGGAGGCCAACAAGAAAUGGGACUUUAAGAAGAUCACGCAAGAUGUCGUUACGUGCCAGCGUCAACGCCGCUUGGUCUGGUCCGCUUUGACCAAGGGCCGCUUCGAAAGCUGGGACUGGAAAGGUCACGAGGACGGCCGUACCAAAUAUAUACGGUCCCAAACUCCGCUGGAUGAACUUGAGCGACGAGCCCGAUACCCGAUGCACAGCAAUGUUCCAGCCCACAUCACGGUCAACAACAAAGCCGAGGUGGUGUGCCUACAGCCCAAAAGACUGACUGAAAUUGCGAGUGAUGCCGUCCAUUACCGCUGA